AUGGGCCCGGCAGGCACUGGGACUCAGGAGAACCAGACAGUGCAGGAGAUGAAGGCAGAGCAGCCCAAGCCGGGGCAGGCCAUUGCCCGGGGAGCACUAGGCCCCGAGCCCGAGCCAGAGCUGAUCGACAGCACCAGGCUGGUGGAGGUGAGGGUGGCCCUGAUCUUGGCCUACUGCUCCAUCAUCUUGCUGGGGGUCGUUGGCAACUCACUAGUCAUCUACGUGGUGAUUCGGUUCAAGAGCAUGCGCACGGUGACCAACUUCUUCAUCGCCAACCUGGCCCUGGCUGACCUCCUGGUAAGCACUCUGUGCCUGCCGUUCACUCUGGUCUACACCCUCAUGGGGGAGUGGAGAAUGGGCGCUGUUCUCUGCCACCUGGUGCCCUAUGCCCAGGGUCUGGCGGUCCAAGUGUCCACCAUCACCCUGACGGUGAUUGCUCUGGACCGGCGCCGGUGCAUUGUUUACCACCUGGAGAGCAGGAUCUCUAAGCGGGCCAGCCUCCUCCUCAUCGGCCUGGCCUGGGGCACCAGCGCCCUGCUAGCCAGCCCACUGGCCAUCUUCCGGGAGUACUCGCUGGUCGAGAUUGUGCCUGACCUGGAGAUUGCGGCCUGCACUGAGAAGUGGCCCGGGGAGGGGAGGCAUGCCUACAGCACAGUCUACAGCCUCUGCUCCUUGCUGGUCCUGUACGUGCUGCCCCUGGGCCUCAUCUCCGUCUCCUAUGUGCAGAUCUGGGCUCGGCUGAGACGCAGCUCCGGCCCCGGGGCGACGGGUGACCGGCACCGGCGGAGGCGGAGAGCAACACAGAUGCUGGCGAGCGUGGUGGCUGUGUUUGCAGUCUGCUGGCUGCCGCUGCACGCUUUCCAGCUGGCUGUGGACAUCGACAGCCAGGUCCUGCACCUGCGGGAGUACAAGCUGGUCUUCACUGUGCUGCAUGUGGUCGCCAUGUGCCCGACCUUCGCCAACCCGCUGCUCUAUGGCUGGAUGAACAGUAACUACCGGAGGGCCUUCCUCGCUGCCUUCCACUGCGCGCCAAGGCUGGACACCUGCUCUGAGGUGUCUGUUACGCUCAGGGCCACAAAGAACCUGCAGGUCAGGAAGAGCGACGGCCCUCAUGGCUCCUUUUCAGAGGCGGCCAACGUCUGAGGACCAAACUGUGGAGUGGACAGACUGGUCUGUGAAGGCGCAGGUGCCCUGAUUCCUGGGAGCAUUGAGGAAGAGGGAGAGUCUGUUGGAAGUAUCUGCAGGCUGGUUCUGGAAAACCAGCUGCAGAGUCAGGGGAAACGCAUUUCAAAACCAGGUGGUGGGUGGUCUGCUGACAGUGGCUUGGAUGGCAGGUUGAACUGCGGAUGAAAGCAGAGAGAAUGCUUUCUGCCCCCCAGAGAGAAGGAACCUCAUAGCUUCAAUGUCAUGGUAUUAUCAAGGGCCAGAGGCACACCUGGACUUCAAGUCACAUGGGACCUGCAGAGGCAGGGUGACCUGCUGCUCCUGCCUGUCAGCUGAGCACAAUGCUCCUUCACUGUAGUUAGGGGUGCGGUUCUUCUUACAGAGGAAAUCCAUCAGGGAAGUCAGAGCGAGACACUGGCACUUUGUGAAU